GCCUCCUAUGACAUUACAAGGGUCCCUGGUUAUCGUGCUAUAUAUGAACUGCUAAUCUUCAUAAAGUGUCCAGCUGUCCCGGUUGAUCGGGGAUACUUUGGGUAUCUUAGGUUGCUUCAUCGUUCAGGUGGAUUUUUCGGGUCUUGUUGCCGUCUCAUGAACUGGCCAACUGGGUGCAUUUCGAGAGCUAUUCUAUGGAAUCUUCCAAAAGUGUUCCUGUGUGGUCAGUUUUCCCUAGCUUGGUCAAUUAUGGUCAGCUUGGUUAAUAGGUUCUCUGCUCUUAAUUGCAGGAUGCUAUUUUUUUGGCAUUAUGGCUCCUGCUGCACGUAGCCCCCACUCUACUGAUGCUAGUCGUCCUUAAUGCUCUUGUCUUGAGAGGUGCUCGAUAAAUUUAUACUGAUAAUUCCAGGAUCGACCGUUAGCUGAUUACCUUGUCAACAAACAGUCCAAACCACAUCUAUAUAUCAACCCAGCGUACGGAGGGACCAGACCAGUACCAUUUAGAGUAACUCUACCCCCACUGGGGAACUCGUGACUGCGUGAUGGGUGCAAGCGGGACCAUUGGAGACAGAUAUACGAACACUUGGAAGUGGAAGUGAAACUAGCUUAACAGUCAACAUGUGUGAGUGUGUGUAAAUAUCUAAGAGCCCCACAACGAAAACCGAAGAGGGAUACUAGCGAGUGAAAGGAAUCAGAAUGGAUGAGGGAGGAGGACUCAAGCAUGUAAUGGUAAUGGUGGGGCUUCAGUGCAUAUAUGCAGGGAUUGCUAUCUUCUCAAAGGAAGCAUUCCUGCAAGGCAUGAAGCCUCCGAUCUUUGUUGCUUACCGGCAGGUCAUUACUGCUUUGAUCAUCGUACCUCCUGCCCUUUACAAUAGGAGGAGAAAUUCAUUGAGCUUGUGCUUGGGAUGGAAGAUCUCUGGAUUGACAUUCGCAGCCGCUUUUCUCGGGAUAGCAGUUAACCAGAACGCAUAUUUUGAAGGCCUCAACUUGUCCUCGGCUACCGUAGCCACUGCCAUGGUCAAUCUUCUUCCUGUGUUAAUCUUUGUGAUGGCAACUGCACUAGGAUUGGAGAAGUUUAAUUUCCGGAGCAUGAGAAGCAUGGCAAAAGUUCUCGGGACGGUGGUGUGUGUUGGUGGAGCUGUUUCGAUGGCACUCAUCAAAGGCCCAGAACUGCUGCAGAGCAAAGGAGAAUAUAUGCAGACAAGAACGUUGUUGCAGGGAUUGCAAAUACAGAAUUGGUUACUGGGUUGUCUGAUUCUCUUCGGAGGCUGCUGCUGCUGGUCAUCUUGGCUUAUGCUACAGGUACCAAUAUCAGCAAACUGUCCAGAUGACUUGUAUACAACAGCCUGGACGUGUUUCUUCGGGAUGCUACAAUCUGCAGCUCUUGCACUAGUAUUGGAGAGGGAAUGGGAAGUUUGGAGAAUUAACACAGUUCUUGAAUAUGGUGCUUGCUUGUUCGCAGGUGUGGGAGCUGCAUUCGCAUUCUUCGGUCAAGCCUGGUGCGUUUCACGAAGGGGGCCAGUGUUCACUGCAAUGUUCAACCCUCUGAACACUGUCCUGGCAAUCAUUUUCGCAUACAUAUUUCUCCAUGAAGCACUAUCCGUUGGAAGCUUGUUGGGUGCUGGGGCAGUCAUUGUUGGGCUAUACAUAGUACUGUGGGGAAAGGCCAAAGAUCAGAAGGACACCAAGCAUGAGCAAGAAGAGGUUCCCGCAGGAAUAUCGACAUGUGAUGAUAUUCCCAUCCAAAGCAAUAAUGAUCAUCAAGUCCUUGCAGAUGGAUCACCCAAGAAGACGACGGAGAAGAAUCCCGCUAUGCAUCUGCAAGAACCGUUAUUGUCCUUGCAUCGUCACAACACAUCAAAUCCUGAAGAGCCUUGAGAGCUUCAUUUCCUUGUUUCAAUUGGGCCAGCCAAGUUAUUUUUUCUGAAAACUACGCUAAUGCAUAUCACGGUUCUGUCCUCCAUUAUAACA